AUGGCGGCCCGAGACCGAGUCGGACAUUUUCUGGCUUUCCAGACGGCCUAUGCCCACGUCAUCAACCCAGUGAACAGACGAGAUCCGAGGACGCCGCUUCAAAUCUGUGCUGAUGUGUGUGACCAGCAGCCAGAGGACAUAUGGAUCUUGGCACCAACGGACCGCCCGCUGUUCCUUAUGGAAAAAACGAGGAGGGUACGGUCCUUGCUGGCUGUUGUGGUCAAGGAACAACACCCCCGCGAGCAAUCAACCCUCAUCUUCCUGGACCUCCGAGGAGUUGGGAUGUGGGUGCAAUGGCUAUGUCUGGAAUCACCGUUGUUCGACCCGAUGCCGUACCUGGACUCACUCCAGCUCGAGUACCACCCUGGCUGGUCAGUUGUCAUCAGGGGAGGACGUCGUACAGGAAACGGGCUGGAACUUGAGGUACAGCGAGGUGAGCUGCUGUCAGUAGAGUUGAGACUCACUGAAGACAUCACCCCCACUGAAAGUGAGAAUGAGGAGUCCAAUGACGAGGGCCAAGAGAGCGACAGCGAGUCAGGGGGUGAUGAAGACAUGCCUGACGCGGGUGAAGGCCACGAUACCGGUGGAUCCGACGAUGGCCUGGACAGGCAACCCGAUGCAGAGCCAGACCCAGACCGCAGCCGCUCCCCGCGAAGAACGGAGGCCACCCCCGAAGGUGGCGAAGAUCGACGGCGCCACAGACCGUCGACAGGUAGGGCCUAUGCUGCACCGCUCCUACUUGCGGCCUUGGUUACCCCUCCGGAGUUUGACCUCACCAGGGAAACGAUGAGACUGCCUCACAGCCGAGAGGAAAUUGGGGCCCUCUUAGCGCCGUGGCCGCCGGACUGGAUUGUCACUACUACGAGUGGUUUGACAAUACCGAAGGAGACGGCGGCAGCCUUCGCGGACCUACAGCACUGGAGCGACCUUCUUGAUGAAAAGGAGGAACCGCACUUUGAGGUGCACAUGUACACGGACGGAUCCUACCUGGAAAAGUCCCAGUUGAGCGGAUAUGGUGCUGUGAUCCUUUUGCUCAAUGGGGCGAAGAAAGCCCUCUUUGGGCUGUUGGGAGAGCCUAUCAUCGGCGACCUGACCACGAGCUGGCAGUUUGACGCCCCACCGGUGAUGCAGGCGGAACAAGCAGCCAUCGCCGCGGUUCUGCUUUGGCUGUGCCAGAGUCGACAUGUCAUCCAGCUGACGGCAGCUACUGUCUACUUCGACAACAUGUCGGCAGGCUGGGGGGCCAGUGGCAAAUGGAGUACCAGCAAUAGCUUCGGAGCCCGCCUUCGCCAGCUCGCUAUGUUCGUCGAUCUCCUAUUACCUUGUGGGGUCCGCUUCCGCCACACCAAGGCCCACCAGGGCGACCCUUGGAAUGAGAUGGCCGAUGCAGUUGCUAAGGCAGCUGCUCGAGGUGACUUUGGACCGGCUGGCCCACCAAAGGUAUGUGCAAGCACCUUCUUCACCAUGGACAUGAGCUGGUUGGCAGCGGCGACCCCGGGCACCCUCGCCAGCAGCCUACCGAUCUGGAAUGGUCAGACUCUGACCUGGACUGUCGAAGAGCAGGCCCGACCUAGCCCGCUCACGCCGGAACAGCUAGUCCCCACGGUGCCGGUCUGGCCGGGGAGACAGCAAGAUCACUUUAGCUUCAGGGUGAGAGCAGCGACCCUGAAUGUGCAGGGGAUGCUGCAAAAGCAUGCCUACCUUGAAGCGCAAUUCCAGGAAGCUGGCUACCAGAUCAUCCUCCUACAGGAAACCAAGGAGAAGGGCGGCUUCUGCAGAUCAGCAAAUUAUUGGCGUGUGGGCUCUGAUGCAAAGAGCCACUGGGGCACGGCGAUUUGGAUCCAUCGACACUUGGGUCCCUUCACCCGUGAUGGCAAACCAUGCAUGGUCGCGGAAGAGGAUAUGCACAUUGUGCACAGUGAUGAGAGACUCUUAGUCCUCUCGAUCAAGAUUGCGAACUUUCACUGUGUAGCAGCCUCUGGACAUUGCCCUCACUCUGGACGGCCCAAAGAACGCCAUGAGUUUCUUCGUAGGCUCCACAAAGUGCUUGCCCCUCUCGCCAAGGCGAACUUACUUCUGGUCGGUAUCGACCUGAACGGCCGACCGCCGGAGUCCUACGAACAAGUCACCGGAGAUCUUGUCUUCGGGGAACCGGAUGAGGCAGGCAAACAUGCGGUGCAAAUGCUUGAUGAGCUGGGAAUGUGGAUCCCGGCAACAUUCAGCGCCUACCACUCCGGACCGUGCGCUACGUAUCGACACCCUCUGGGACAUCUCCAUCGCAUUGAUUUCCUUUGUAUAGGGGGAUCUGCCACCUGCUCAGAGGUCUCCAGUGCUGUGAACUACGAUUUGGACACAGCUGGAGCACAUGAGGACCAUUUCCUUUCCCAGGUCGCUUUUGUGGGUAAGUGUGGCCCAGUAGGUGGGGCAGCCAAGCUUUGGCGCCCAAAGUAUGAUCGGCUGAAAAUGGCCACGGAUGAGGGCAAGGCCAUCUUGGAACAAGAGCUGGCAAAGUACUGCCCGCCCCCCUGGACCCUACACGUUGACCAGCAUUGCCAACAUCUACAGAACUUCCUUCACGAAGUGAUGGAUACCCACUUUGCCGUCAACCCCCAUGGGCCGAGGGCCUCCUACAUUCCGGCCUGGGUGUGGGAGCUUCGUGAGCGGAAGAUCAGUUUCAAGCGACGAACGGAAGGCCGAAGGCACAUGCUCCGACACCAAGUACGGCAUGCAGUCGACAUGUGGCGAGAUGCAGCCCGACGACAUGCUGCCACUGUCCACAAGGACAGCCUCCUGUACCAGCUCGCGGCCGCGGCGGUUGGGAUUGCCACUCGGAGAAUCAAGAUUGGUAUCCGGGAAGCCAAGGCGGAGUUCCUGCGGACCUUGGCUGGCACUGGCAAAACGGCCUCGCAGAUUCUCCAGAGGGCAAAGCAGGCGGGAGUCGGAGGAAGACGACCGGGGAAGGCCUUCAAACCGAUUCCCAAACUUUUGGGACCAGAUGGCCGCCCAGCCACAACGAGGACUGAAAGGGAUGAUGUAUGGCUGCAGCAUUUCGGAGAGAUGGAGAUGGGCACCACCAUGUCGGUCAAGGACUUUCUUCGGGAAUGCCCUUGCAGCCCCGCUGUGCCGAUUGAAGCCACCUGGCAACCUCACGAGCUGCCAAAUUUGGUGGAGAUCGAAGGCUUGAUGAGGCGGACUCAAGCCGGUAAAUCGCCAGGGCUUGACGCCAUUCCUGGAGAGCUACUUCGAGGAGCCCCGAUCGGGGCAGCCAAAGCAGUCCUGCCAUUGUUUAUGAAGGCGUUGGUGACGUUCACUCAACCUCUUCAAUGGCGAGGAGGAAUACUGCAUUCGGCCUGGAAGCAAUCUGGCCCGAUCGAAAAUCCCUCCAACCAUCGCUCGCUGUUUGUGAGCAGCCUUCUGGGCAAGACCCUGCAUCGGGCCCUGCGUGAUAAGGCACAGGGCUGCUUUGGCGAAGUGCUCCACGAUAUCCACUUUGGAAUGAAGAAAGGAGCCCCAGUGACUUUUGGAGCUCAGUACAUCGCCAGCCACAUGCGGUACUGCAAGAAGGCGGGGAUCUCCGCCUGCACAUUGUUCCUCGACAUGCGCUCGGCGUACUAUCGAGUCAUCCGGGAACUCGCCACUGGCGACUUGACACAGGACGGCAACAUCCUGCGAAUCUUUCGUCGCUUCGAUAUCGAUGGCGAGGAGGCUCGAGAACUCUUGGAAGCGGUUGCCAGUGGAGGAGCAAUCCGCGACUCUGGCGUUAGUCCGGCAAUCUGUGCCGCGGUGGCCGACUUCCAUCGAAGGACGUGGUUUGUCAGUGCCCAAAGCAGCGGGGAUAAGCUCAGUGCCACGCUUGCUGGAUCACGCCCAGGCGAGUCCUGGGCGGACGUCCUGUUUGGCUAUGUCUAUUCGAGAGUCCUUUGUCGGGUUGCUGAAAUUGCCACGGCAGAGGACCUGUUGACGGUCCACCACUACGAGGAGGAGACUGGCAUCUAUGGGCAGCCGCACUGUGGUGUCGAAUAUGAGGCCACUGACACGACCUGGGCCCAUGAUUCGGCUUUCCCUAUGUCGGAUCGUGACCCGGGUGCCCUCCUGAGAAAGGCAAAACGGCUUGGCUCGCUCAUCCUGAGUCAUUGCCGAUCCUACGGGAUGGAUCCGAACACGCGACGAGGGAAAACGAGCUACUUGAUUUCCCUCCAAGGUGCUGGAGUACGCAAAGCGAAGGCGGCCCACUUCGAGCCUGGGGGGCGGGACCUGUACUUGCCCGACCUGGACAUCCGCAUUCCGGUGGUCCCCAGCUACACGCACCUUGGAGGUGUGUUGGAUGCUGGUAUGACCAUGAAAGAUGAGACUCGACGGAGAUUGGCGAUUGCGAGGGGUUCCUUCGAUGCCGGCAAACUCCUCCUCUACCAGAACCCCACGGUGCCCUUGGAGGUUCGGGCGAAGCUCUUUGAGGCUGCCAUCCUCCCGACGUUCUUUAAUUUGUGUGUCUGGGAACCGAGAGGAGAUCAAUGGACACGGCUUUGUGACGGCUACUCACGCCUGUUGCGACGACUACUACAACCACAGUUUGGAGCGAAGGACGUCCUCCGCCUCUCUACGCCUCUUGUCCAUGCCCUCACCCGUUGCUGGCGACUGGAGACGGAGGCGAUCAAGGCGCGGCUCGGUUUCCUCUGCUCCCUUGUGAAAGUGAACCCGCCGCAUGUUUGGGCGGUACUUCAGUCGGAGCAAACCUGGUUGCAAGCAGUACGGCAGGACCUGCAGCUUGUUGUUCAGUAUGCUGGUGACUGGCCGGAAUUGGGGCCUUCCCACUGGCCGCAAUGGUGGCACCUUAUCAAGGACAGCCCUGGAGCCUUCAAGGCCCGAGUGAAGAAGGCCCUGCAGCGACACCAUGAGAAAGUUGCCCAUGGCGAACUCGUGCAGCUGGGCCUCUGGGCUAUGUUUCGGCGGGCGGUCCAAAAUCAGCCCCGGCUCGAAUGGGUUGAGGCACCGUGGUACUGCCGACCAUGCGGCCAGGGCUUCAAAAGCAAGGCUGGAAUGGGGGCACACAUGUUCAAGGUGCACGCCAGGAAGGCCCAGUUCCGUGGAUGUGUCAGCGGUACGAUGUGUCGAGCCUGUGGCAAGCAGUAUUGGUCUCAGGCGAGAUUGGCGGUACACCUCCGGGACAGUCCCACGUGUGUCACGGUCCUCAGACACCAUGGGCUGGGGGCUUGUGUUAUCCAGCCGGGCUUUGGAAGCAAGGCAUGGAAGCGUCGAUCUGAUGAGGAAUUUUGCCUUGCCCUUCCUGAGCAAGUUCAGGCACCGCUACAGCCGUGGUCAGGUGGACUUUGGGACGACCGUCAGCUCGUGAUGUAUGCUGACCUCUGCUACCUGCUGUUCGAACGUAGGCGAUGGGACUCUCGUUCAAGUUUGCGGUGCGAGAUUGAGGAGGUUUUGUGCCGCUUCCCGCUCUACCGCACAGAAGAGAACGACGUCCUCAACUAUGUCAGCGAGGAGGUCGCUAUGCUACAACGUGACGAUCCUUGUGAUCCGUGGGAUGUUGGCAUUGGUGACCUCAUCAUUGAUGUUCUGACGGAAAUCCAGGAGUUGCCUCACUAUGUUGAGAAGCUACCUGAAGAUGAGGUCGGCGAGACUGUUUCCUUCAGGGAGUUCGCCAGUGACAACUGGAAGUCCCUCCAUCGUCAACUGCUGAAGAAUCGUGGGACCCGUGCACAGCCGUUUGUACUCCUGGGGCCAGGCUGGGAAGCAGAAAAGCCUGCCUUCAGUGACGGCUGCCAACUUUCUGCCACGAUCACAGCAGUCUUGGCAAGUCUUCCGAAGGAAAUUCAGGAGCUCUGGGACCUAGUCCUACAGGGGCGGGUGUCGGAAGUACAGGACGUAGAACAGGCCGUCCUGGCAAAUGGCAAGGUGUUUGUGUGA